AUGGCGUUGACUUUUCACAUCCUCUUCUUCCUCCUCUUUCUUCUUCCCCAACUUCCAUACUCAGCUUCUGGAGCUCAAACAUGGAUCAAAGCCGGGUACUGGUUCUCCGGCAGCAAAUUCCCGGCCGCCGAUAUAAAUUCAGUUCUCUUCACUCACCUUAUAUGUGCCUAUGCAGGCCUCAACUCUUCCACAUACCAACUCUCCAUCACCUUUUCAGACAACAAGUUCUUCUCCACAUUCACCGACAUCGUCAAGCAAAAGAAUCCAUCAGUUGCAACCCUUUUAUCCAUUGGUGGUGGGCAAGCCAAUGAUUCACACUAUUCUUCAAUGAUCAGCCAAUCUUCUUCUAGGAAGUCCUUCAUUCAGUCCUCAAUAAACACAGCUAGACUUUAUGGCUUUCAUGGCCUAGACUUCUGUUGGGUUUCACCGAGUACUGACUCUGACAUGGCUAACAUAGCGACACUUCUUGAUGAGUGGCGAAUCGCCAUAGAAUCCGAGUCAAGAAACUCCAGCAACUCGAAACUUGUUCUAACCAUGGCUGUUCAGUUCUCACCAUAUCUUGAUUCAACUAGUUUUCCAAUUCAGGCUAUAGGGAAAAACUUGGAUUGGGUACAUGUCAUAGCAUAUGAUUACUAUGGGCCUGGAUGGGCUAACAAUACAGGGGCACAUGCAGCUUUGUAUGAUCCAGCAAGUGAUCAAGAUACUGAUUAUGGCAUAAACGCGUGGAUUAAUAAUGGAUUAGCAGCCAACAAGCUGGUUUUGGGGUUGCCUUUCUAUGGCUAUGCAUGGACACUGGUGAACCCGAAUGACAGUGCAAUUGGUGCACCUGCAAAAGGUCCAGCCAUAACCAAUGAUGGGUCGAUGACAUACAAGGCUAUCAAGAGUUACAUUCAGAUAAAUGGCGCUGUUUCAGUGUACAAUGCAACUUAUGUUGUAAAUUAUUGCAUUAUAGGAUCAUCUUGGAUCGGUUUUGAUGAUGUUGAGGUUGUCAAAAUUAAGGUUGCUUAUGCGAAAGAGAAAAAUUUACUAGGCUACCAUGUGUGGCAAGUCCCUAAUGAUGACAAUUGGGUGCUCUCUCAAGCUGCUCAAGGGGACGAUAAGGACCAUGGAAACAAGUGGCGCUUAUUAAUAAUCUUGCUUACAACUGGAGCAUCAGUUAUUCUCCUACUAGGUGCCAUGAUUUGGUACCUGCGGAAGAGAAUGCUUAAAUCAAGAGGAACGGGGGACAAAUAUAAUGGAAGUAGUAUGGCAUCUGUUGGAAGUAAUAAUUCUCCUAAUUUGCAAGUAUUUAAAUUUGCUGACAUUGAAGCAGCAACAAACAAGUUUUCAAUUGAAAACAAGCUGGGAGAGGGUGGAUAUGGCCCUGUUUACAAGGGUACAUUACAGAAGGGACAAGAAAUAGCGGUGAAAAGGCUUUCAAAGGCUUCUACACAAGGAAUUGAAGAAUUCAAAAAUGAGGUUAUGCUAACGGUAAAACUACAACAUGUAAAUCUGGUAAGAGUUUUGGGAUUCUGCACUGAGAAAGAAGAACAGAUACUGGUCUAUGAAUACAUGCCCAAUAAAAGCUUGGAUUACUACAUCUAUGAUCCAAUUAGAAGAUUACUCUUAGAUUGGGAAAAACGAGUUCACAUCAUUGAAGGAAUUACUCAGGGGCUGCUAUAUCUCCAAGAAUACUCAAGACUCACAGUAAUUCAUAGAGACCUGAAAGGUAGCAACAUUUUAUUGGACAGUGAGAUGAAGCCUAAGAUAUCAGAUUUCGGUAUGGCUAGAAUUUUCAAAAAAGAAGAAUUUGAAGCAAACACAAGCCGAAUCGUUGGAACAUAUGGUUAUAUUCCUCCUGAAUAUGUAAAACACGGAAUAUACUCCACAAAAUCUGAUGUUUUUAGCUUUGGAGUUGUACUUUUACAUAUCAUAAGUGGCAAGAAGAAUAAUUGUUGGUAUGGUCCAAAUGAAAAUCUUAACCUUUUAGAAUAUGCCUAUGAGCUGUGGAAAGAAGAUAAUGGCAUGGAGUUUAUGGAUCCCUCACUGGAUGAUACAUCAUCAUCAUGUAAAUUGAUGAGAUGCAUGGUAAUAGCUCUGUUAUGUGUCCAGGAACAACCGGCAGAUAGACCAUCCAUGUUGGAAGUUUCAACCAUGCUAAAAAAUGAGGUGAUGGUUAUGAACACUCCAAAAAGGCCUGCUUUUUCUAUAGGAAGAGAUCAAGAUAGGGAAAAUGAAUCUACAUUGCGGAAAGAAUCUGGUUCGGUUGAUGAUGCAACAAUUACCCAUACAGUAGCACGAUAAGGUUUCAUUUUUUGUAGUCUUUAGUUCAUUAGAGAAAUUAAACUUCAGAUUUAGUUUUUUUAUGUUUUCUUAGACUGAACAGUGUCAUCAUUCUUGUUUCUUAGUGUAUAUACUUAAAAGUAAAAAUUUCCUCAUUAGAAAUAUGGCAGAUAUGUAGAUAAUUGCCCUUGAAAUUCAGUAAUAUAGCAUUAUUGGUUCUGUCAUCUCAUCCAAUCUAAAGGCCAUUGACUGAAAAUUCUUAAUCGA